AUGCAACACCUUCUGGAUAAGUUCCCGGGUGCAGCCAAGCAUACAGACCGCAGGGGUGAGUAUCCACUGCACUUGCUGUGCGGAAAGGUUGGAACGGCGCACUUGGAAACUUGGAUUACCGGCCUGGUGGACGCCCAUCCCAGCGCUCUUUUCCUCGAAAACCACAACGGCAAGAUUCCCUUGGACAUUCUGAGAAAGAGGGGAUUGGGGGAGGCGUUGCUAAAAGAGCGCAUGUCUCGGGCUCUGUGGGGAGCGCUUCGGAAAGAAUUGGAAAAGCAUCGCAUCCCUCGAGAUGUCUUUGACUACAUCUUGACAUUUGCCCUUUAG